UGCAGGGUGAGUGAGUGGCAUUGGCAGACUGUCAAUCCCUCACCAAAGCGGCCAUCAAACAACAUAAAACACACACAGUCACUGGGCUGCUGGGCUCAUAAAUUCCAGCUGGCUGAUAUUUUUGCACAUUGCUUUGCAGAGAGUGUGUAAUUAAUUUUUUUACAGUUCUUUCCCCUUUAUUUCCGCUCUUUUCUUUGCACAAGUUCAAACUUUUGAUUGCUGCUAUUUUACCCCCGUUGCACAGACUUGGGAUCAUUUGUUAUUUUUUUUGGGGGGGAGGGCAAUUAAUUUUUUUUCCCUCUGUGAUUGUGUUUUCUUGGCUUUUUUUUAUGUUGCAAUUUGGGGGUGGGGGUGUUCGCUUGGUUUGUUGUGGUUUUUGCUGUUUGCCACCCUCCUAACUUCUUAAGGAUUUGAAAGCAAGUUUUUUGAUUUUCUAUUUUUUUAAAAAAUUUUGUCUUUUUGCAAAGAAGAUUUUUGGACAAGUGGGGAAAGACAUAAAAAGCAACAAUAAGAAUUAAAAAAGGAGGGGGAAAAAAAAAAGCUUUGGAGGAAGAUUGUACCAGGGAAAGAAAACUGCAAAGAAACCUUAUCAACUCAUUUAUCCAAGCCACAAAUAUGAUGAUGAUGAAAGAAGAUUGUAACUAAAGAAGAGAGUGAUUUACUGCACUGGAAAGGAGAAGAGAGUGGAAUAAACAACUGAGAUCCGGUCACACAAAUACUGAUUUUUUGUUGUUGUUUUGGUUUUCUUUUUUUCUUUUUUUUUCUUGUGUGUGUGUGCAAGAACAAAAUACCCAGCCAGGAACUGAAUUGACUACAAGAGCCAGAGAUUUAUUCACAUUUUCUUUUCGAAGCGUAAACCUCCUUCCUCCGACGGCGAAGCUCCUGCUCUCCCCGCUUUGCCGUUUCUCCGGCUGCUGUCUGAAAGUGCAUUGAUCGGGCUGCGGUAGGAGGUAUGGAUGAUCAGUCCAGGAUGUUGCAGACUCUGGCCGGCGUGAACCUGGCUGGCCACUCGGUGCAGGGGGGCAUGGCUCUGCCUCCUCCCCACGGACACGAAGGGGCAGACGGCGACGGCAGAAAGCAGGACAUCGGGGACAUCCUCCAUCAGAUCAUGACCAUCACUGACCAAAGCCUGGAUGAGGCACAAGCAAAGAAGCACGCACUGAACUGCCACAGGAUGAAGCCCGCCCUGUUCAGUGUCCUCUGCGAGAUCAAGGAGAAAACAGGUUUGAGCAUCCGAGGAGCCCAGGAGGAAGACCCUCCCGAUCCCCAGCUAAUGAGACUAGACAAUAUGCUUCUGGCAGAAGGAGUCUCAGGUCCGGAGAAAGGUGGGGGAUCGGCGGCAGCCGCUGCAGCCGCAGCAGCCUCUGGAGGGUCUUCAGAUAACUCUAUUGAACACUCAGAUUACAGAGCCAAAUUGACCCAGAUCAGACAAAUCUAUCACACAGAGCUGGAGAAAUAUGAACAGGCAUGUAACGAAUUUACUACACAUGUGAUGAACCUUCUCAGAGAACAGAGUCGGACACGUCCCAUUUCUCCCAAGGAGAUUGAGAGGAUGGUGGGCAUCAUUCAUCGAAAAUUCAGCUCCAUCCAGAUGCAACUCAAACAAAGUACUUGCGAAGCAGUAAUGAUUUUAAGAUCAAGGUUCCUCGAUGCCAGACGGAAAAGGCGCAACUUCAGUAAACAAGCCACAGAAAUCCUGAACGAGUAUUUUUACUCCCACCUCAGUAACCCUUACCCCAGUGAAGAAGCCAAAGAAGAGCUGGCGAAGAAGUGCAGCAUCACGGUAUCGCAGGUGUCCAACUGGUUUGGCAAUAAGAGAAUCAGGUACAAGAAGAACAUAGGGAAGUUCCAGGAAGAAGCCAACCUCUACGCGGCGAAGACGGCUGUGACCGCAGCGCACGCCGUGGCCGCCGCCGUGCAGAACAACCAGACGAACUCCCCCACCACACCCAACUCUGGUUCUUCUGGUUCUUUUAACCUCCCAAAUUCUGGGGACAUGUUCAUGAACAUGCAGAGUCUGAAUGGGGAUUCUUACCAGGGGUCCCAAGUCGGAGCCAAUGUGCAGUCACAGGUGGAUACCCUGCGUCAUGUUAUCAAUCAGACGGGAGGAUACAAUGAUGGCUUGGGAGGAAAUUCACUGUACAGUCCACAUAAUUUAAAUGCUAAUGGAGGCUGGCAGGACGCAACCACUCCAUCUUCUGUGACUUCCCCGACAGAAGGGCCGGGAAGUGUGCACUCUGAUACCUCUAACUAAUCUCCUAGCAACACUUUUUCCCUGAGCUGAGAUGCCUUGAUUAGCGCAUUCAGAGCAACAGGAGAAAAAGGAAGGAAUUUUUUUGUAGCCAACCACCUACAGCUUUACUGUAAAACCUUGUCUUAUUAGAAAACUUGGUAAAUCUGUUUUUUAAAGGUAUCAUAAUCAUUUGUAUUUAUACUUAAAACACACAAUGUUAAAAAGCACUUUAUCCAAUUAGGCCAAGAUUUAGCAUUGUUUAUAGCCCUGUAACUAUUUUAUCAUAAUUUAUUAUCAGCAGUUUUAACAGUGUCGGUCUAACAGUUGCCAAUGACUUGGCCUUAAGGGUAAAAGUACAGCGUAGGCUUAACCUCAAAGCAAGAGCAGAGAAACGCCUCACCCAAAUUUAACUUCUUGCAUAUUUCCAUGGAAAGUCGAAAUGAAUCACGGACUUGGAUUGUGUUUAAUUUUUUCGUAUCUCUCUCAGAGUCGGAAUAAAAAGUAGCGUUCGGUUAUUUCAGUUAACAAUGGUUGUGUUCCAGAAUCCUUAUUCGUCACGUUUUUUUAUGAUCUGUGGUUUUAUAAAUUGGAUCGGAUACCAGGAACAUCUUUGGUUUUGGUUUUUUGUUUUGAUUUUCUUUUUUUUCCCUAAAACCGCCAGGACCCAGAGCCUCCUCUCCGUGUUUCGACAACGGACGUAGGUUGUUCUUAAGAGAUGAAGAUACUUGCUGCUUAUUUCUGUGAAAGCCAAGAUCUGGGGUUUUACAGUACGAGCUAGGUGCUGCACGCGCUUGCCAAGGUUUGUUACUUCUUCUUGGCAACAAAAAAAACCAGACAAAAACAAAAAGAAAAAAAGAAAAGGAAAAAAAAGCACCAUUAUAUGGAGUGUUGUAUAUAGUGUAGCAAAAGAGUAUUUAUACAUCUCACCAAUCAAAACACAGCUUUAUUACCUCAUGCGAACUCAUACGAACCAAUAGACUCUCAACAUGGUCUGUAGCUUAGAGUGCUCACUUACUACCUCUGAACGAUACUCACGCUGUAGUUUGUCUCUUUCUUAUCUUUUUGCAUCUUGUAAUUAACUCUUUGUUUCCCUCAUGAAAUGUAAUGUACAUUGUAAUCUUUUAAAAGAAAUCAGGGUUGCAUUUGCAACUUUUAAAGAAGCUAAAGUGGAAACAUUGGGUCUUAGGUUUAACACAAAACAGUAAAACUGUUGUAAAUACUGAGAAACAUUUUGAAUGUUCUUCAUCUUGUUACUAAUCCACGCAAAAAACAACAACUAAUUGUAAUGCAUACAGACUUCAGUAUUCAGUACUGUAUCUCUGCCCCUGUGUGACAGGGGCCCCUUCCCUUCUCUUUUGUAUUGUAUGCGAUUCUGAAACCGAUGGAGUCAUGAAAAUAAUUUGUGGCAGUGAUUCUAAUGUAUUAAAACGUUUCGUGUUACUUUCUAACUGGAUUACACUCUGGAUUGAAGAGUCUUCCUCGUGGUAGUUAUAUGUAGUUUCAACAUGAAUAAACUUUUUGCUUUCAUGAUCAAA